UGGCAACACUGCAUCUACAAGAACGUCAAAUCUUUCUAUUUUGAAGAUAUUUAGGGUAUAAGUUUUUGAAAAAUCUUCAUAACAUCAAAGAACAAGUUAUAAAUCAUCUUGGAAAAUGAUUCGCUUCAUACUCAUUCAAAACAGAGCUGGUAAAACAAGAUUAGCCAAAUGGUAUAUGAAUUUCGACGAUGAUGAGAAACAGAAACUCAUUGAAGAAGUUCAUGCUGUAGUAACUGUAAGAGAUGCCAAACAUACGAAUUUUGUUGAGUUUCGUAACUUCAAAAUUGUAUAUCGACGAUAUGCUGGCCUGUACUUCUGCAUAUGCGUAGAUGUGAACGACAAUAAUUUAUGUUAUUUAGAAGCAAUACAUAACUUUGUAGAGGUGCUCAAUGAAUAUUUCCACAAUGUCUGUGAAUUAGAUCUUGUUUUCAACUUUUAUAAAGUUUAUACUGUCGUUGACGAAAUGUUUUUGGCAGGAGAAAUAAGGGAAACAUCACAAACGAAAGUCCUGAAACAGUUGUUAAUGUUGAACUCUUUAGAAUAAUAUUAUAAAUUUAUGAAAAAUUACAUCUGUAACUUUCAUACAGGGUGAGUGAAACGUCAAGAUGAUCUGCGUGAAAGUGGAGGUGAAAUGGAAUCUGCUUUGGUUUUAUUAUUUAUCGCUUUACAUUCCUGAAGGUACUACAUAUUAAUAAAAAGAUAAACUGA